GAUUGACGGCCGGUAUUAGCAGUAGGAAAACAUUGGCAGGCAGUGCCAGCGGCAUGCAAAUAUCGAUGAAACAAGCCUGAGCCAACAGACAACGUUCUGGGGCGCGAAAGCAGUUCGGCCAACCGUCCACCGAGUUUAGUUUCUGUGCGAGCCGCUAGUUCCGAUGCGAGCAAACCUGUUCUGGUUGUUUGUUUGAUCAGCAUCGUGCCCGAGGUGAAACCGGACCAGCGCGUUGCCUAAUUAGCAAGUGCCCGGGCACACGUGCAAACAAACUGGAAGACACCAUCGCGAAGCGGACGGGCUGACGAAGGAGAUGCUAUCCAGAGUGUCCCUUCUUCAUGUAGAGCUACUCGACCACGGAGGAGGCUCCGGAACGGGCAGCACCGCCGCCAAGGCGCUGCUGGUGGCGGCCGGCGUUGGGCUCGUGACGGCGACCGGGUAUGGCGUGUACCGUCUGCUAAAGUACCGUGCGGCCCAGCGGCCACCGACCGAAUGGCGACGUGUCGGCGAAGUUUCCGACCUUUGGAUCUACCCGAUCAAAUCGUGCGGUGCGGUGCGGGUUUCCAAUUUCCAGUGCUCGCCGAUCGGUCCGCAGGUCGGUCUGCUGCGCGAUCGCAUCUUCAUGGUGGUGAAGAGCGCGGACGGCACGUUCAUCACGGGCCGGUCGCACCCGACGCUGGUGCUGGUGCAGCCGUCCUUCGACGCACGCUACGAGCUGAUGACGCUAUCCGCGCCCGGCAUGCUGGACAUCACGGUAAACGUGCGCCAGCUGCUGGCGGCCCAACCAGGUGCCGCCUCCGUCUGGGACCAGCCGGUCAGUGCGGUCGACUGCGGCGAGGAGGCGGCCCGCUGGCUUUCGCGCUUCCUGCUCAGCGAAGACUUCGGACUGCGGCUCGUCCUCUACCCGCACGAUCAACCGACGCGUCCGGUGCGCGAAAAGAAUCGCAUCCACGCGCUGCUGACGGCACGUGACUCCGGCGCGUUGCACGAUGCCACCAGCUACAUGCUCGUCUCGGAAGCAUCCGUGGCCGAUGUUAACUCGCGCCUCGACAAACCGGUGCCGGCCCUGCAGUUCCGCGCUAACAUUCUCGUCAAAGGUCCGACCGCCUUCGAGGAGGACGACUGGACGUGGAUCCGCAUCGGAGAGACGGUCUACCGCAACGUCAAACCGUGCACGAGAUGUCUUUUCACAAACGUUGAUCCGGAAACGGGCGUGAGCAGCCCGGAGCAGGAGCCGCUGACCACGCUGCGAAAGUAUCGCCUCAAGCCGGGUCUCGGUGCGUCGCCGGUCGUGGGCAUGCAGAUGGGCAUCCGAACGCUCGGCUCGAUCGCCCUCGGAGAACCCGUCUACGUGGGCUAGCACUGCUAUUGGGAGCC